ACGCACUCCAGUCUUUCAGAAAACCAAUCCUUGAAAGAUAUAUGAUCAUGGCCGCUACUAAGUUGCAGGUUUGCAUGGCGCUAAUGGUGGCGAUGGCGGUGGCGAGCGCGGAGCUGGGUGAAGGGGCCUUGACUUGCGGCCAGGUCGGAACCGGCGUGGCACCGUGCUUGAGUUACGUCAUGGGGAAGGGACCGCUGACGCCCGGCUGCUGCAGCGGGAUCAAGUCCAUCAACGCAGCCGCCAGAACCACGGCGGACAGGCAGCAGGCUUGCCGCUGCUUGAAGGAUAUCGCCGCGAGUGCUAAAAGUAUCAACUUCGGCCUCGCCGCCGGCAUUCCCGGCAAGUGCGGCGUCAGCGUCGGCUUCCCGAUCAACCCGUCCGUCGAUUGCAACAAGGUCAUGUAAGGAGAAGGUAUAGUGAUCGAGGAAGCCAGCCGAUUGAUGUGCCCAAGUUACUUAAUUAAUUAAGUGAAGUUGCAUGUAUUGCGAAGAAAAUAAAAGGGAUUGUUGGUUAUUGUAGUGUAGUACAUAGAUAAUAUAAUGCUACAAGACAUCAAUUCAUGUAUGCUUACAUCUGGGUCUCAGCCUCAGGGAGGGAGCGAGAGUAAAUAUUAUGUAUUAAUGUCCGUAGCGUGUUUCUAUAUAUUAUAUCUGUGUUAUUAAAGUAGGAGCUACAGUUUCUUUUGUCUUCAACUUAGCUCCACCAUUGAAUUAGACAUCAGACCAUACACAUCGAAGUAUUAAAAUUGCAAGUCCAUAAUUAAACUAGUGAUAAAAGUACUAGUCUUGAAUCUAAAGAUCCCAAAUUCGAAUCUUUUUAAAUAGUUCCUCAUCGAUAAAUUCCAGUAGACUAUGUUCCACAAUACUAAUCAGAUCAACGGUGGAAACUUAUAGAAGACAAAAUAAUCUUCAUUGGGAAUAACUUGUUCCUAACAUAUCAAAUAAUCAACCAAAAUGUACGUGGCCUAACUGAUACCUUGCAGCGGCGGAUCCAGAAUAAGUUAGAGCACUGGAC